CCCGCCCCGCCGCGGUCGCGGAGCCUGGUGGUUGGUCUCCGCUGCCCAGACACUUCCGCCCCGUCAGUCUGCACGUCGGUCCCGCCUCCCAGACCACCCUGUGGGACGCACCCGCGAGCUGGAAUGCGGGGCUCGGCCUCCCUGCGCUCCUGGCUGAUGGUGUGACCUUGGGUCUUAGCCAUGAACUCCGCUGGAGGAGGAAGGCAGGAAGCAGCAGGGCCCAGGGGUAGAAGGGCCCUCAGACCCCGGGAACAGGACCGAGACGUGCAGCUGUCCAAGGCCCUGUCCUACGCCCUGCGCCAUGGGGCCUUGAAGCUGGGGCUUCCUAUGGGAGCCGAUGGCUUCGUGCCCCUGGGUGCCCUCCUGCAGUUGCCCCAGUUCCGCCGCUUCUCUGCUGAAGAUGUGCAGCGCGUGGUGGACACCAGUGGGAAGCAGCGGUUUGCCCUGCAGCCAGGGGAUCCCAGCACUGGCCCUCUCAUCCGGGCCAACCAGGGCCACUCCCUGCAGGUACCUGAGUUGGAGCUGAUGCCCCUGGAGACACCACAGGCCCUGCCCCCGGUGCUAGUCCAUGGUACAUUCUGGAAGCACUGGCCAUCCAUCCUGCUUAAGGGCCUGUCCUGCCGGGGAAGGACGCAUAUCCACCUGGCCCCAGGACUGCCUGGAGACCCUGGUGUCAUCAGUGGCAUGCGGCCACACUGUGAAAUAGCUGUGUUCAUCGAUGGACCCCUGGCCCUGGCAGAUGGAAUGCCCUUCUUCCGCUCCGCCAAUGGAGUGAUUCUGACUCCAGGGAAUACUGAUGGCCUCCUGCUUCCCAAGUACUUCAAGGAGGCCCUCCAGCUACGCCCUACUCGAAAGCCCCUUUCCUUGGCUGGUGAUGAAGAGACAGAGUGUCAGAGUGGCCCCAAGCACAUCUCCAGAGGAAGGAAGAGGAUCCAACAAUAAAAUAUUAAUUUAUACAAAGAAGAAAUUUUAAAAAGUAACAAGAAAGAAACUCCAGUUCAAAACCAGGCUUCAUCAUCCCCUAGCUACAUCUGGUCUUCCUUGUGUGCUGGGGGACUGCAGAUAGGUCAGGGCUAUCAGCGUCAGCCACUCGGACAAGGAAAGGGGGCACUGCAUGAGCUCGGGGACCUCCACCCCCAUCCCUAGCCUGGGUGAUGGCGGUGUCUGGCCCAGCCAGGUCGAUGGCCUGCACAAAGCCAGUGACAGCAGGUGAACAUGCCCAGCUGGGUGCCUGCCUGGAGCAGGUGUGGAGCAGUGAGUCCCAGUGGGUGUGGGCUUGGGAGUGGCCGUGACAGGUGGUGAGCAGGGCAGGGGCAGUCCCAUGGCCCUUAGAAGGCCUCGUGGCCUCCUGUGAGCUGCAGGAAGAGGUCUUCAUCCAGCUCCUCCCCGCGGGCCCGCUCCCGAGUCGACAGGAAAAUGUAGCCCCCGAUGUACUCGUGCACAAUCCGGCAGCUGGCAGACACACAGCUGAAGGCCACGUUGAUGUGCUCAUCAAACUCGAUGGCCACCUGAAGAGGGGACAGUCAGAGGGGCGAAUGGGGGGUGGGCUAAGGGAGCACCCCUGCCCCGCCCUGGCUGGAUCCGGCUCCGGCCUGGCACCGGCCCGCCAUCCCUGCCCUCAGUCUGGGCCUACCUGCCGGAUGUCCCAGUUGACGUUCCACUGGCGCAUGUUGCUGAAGCGCCAGGUCUUGACCACGUCGCCCACAGCCAAGUCGAUUCGGAUCAGUCGGUUGUUGGCGAUGCCCAGGAUCUCGUCUUUCCUGCUGCCCUUGAACCUGGCCCCCAGCGGGAGACAGUGUGAGCAAGGGACCCCCCACAUCCCGGCAUGGCCCCAUCUGCCCAGACAAGGUGCUGCCAUGCUGGAGAGCGAGCCCUUUCCCAUGCUGCAGCUCACCAGCUGUGUGACCCUGAGCAAGCCAUUCGGGUUCCCUGGGCCCCCAGUUCCUCAUCUGGAAAAUGGAGGGGAAUUGAUAGAAUCCCGCAAUAGUAUUUAGCAGCAUGCAGCAAACACGCCAUGCCUUUAAAUGGUAA